AUGCCUCUAACUGAGUUACCGGAAGCAAGUUAUAACCUACUUCCUCAAUACAUGCAGUGUUCUCACUACAUGAUUAGAAAAUUGGAACUCAACCGAGAACAUUUUCGCGCCAUAAUUUAUUACAACUUUCAGAAAAAAUUAUCACAACAAGAAUGCCUUGCUGAGUUACUGUCUAUUCGACGAUCCCAGGGUGGGUCCACCAAAAACGUCGAUGCUGUGCGCAAACUCAUCAUUGAAGAUAGACAUGUGACAUAUCGCGUGAUCUCAAAGACCUCAAUUCAAAAAAAUUUACAUGAAGAAUUAGGAGUAAGAAAAUCACAGAAAGCAGCCAGGGUUAAUUGGUGUCAAAAACCGCUUGACCGUUUAAAUUCCGGAAACUCAAAAAAUGUGUACAGCAUUGUUAGUGGUGAUGAAUCGUGGAUUUGCUGUUAUGAACCAGAAAAUAAACGACAGUCGGCUGUUUGGGUGUUCCAAGGUGAAGAAAAGCCAACAAAAGUCAUCCGUUCUCGAAGUGUUUCGAAAAAGAUGGCCGCGACAUUUAAAAUAACUGUUACUGCGGAUUGGUAUACCACCAUUUUUUUGCCAAAACCCAAAAAACAAGGCAAGGACCAUACUCCAUAUAGUCCCGAUCUAAGUCCUAACGAUUUCUUUACUUUUCCGAAAAUUAAAAACAGACUGGGUGGUCAAAGGUUCCAGUCACCAGAAGAAGCAGUUGACGCAUUCAAAAAUGCCGUUUUGGAUCUGCCAGCAAACGAGUGGAACAAAGCGCAUGCAGAUGUGUAUUAA